CUCACAACCCACUGCUAGAUUUUCCAAAGUGACCUACAGCCGCGUUUCCGUCAUGGUCGGGAUCGUGUGGUUGUGGGCGUUGACGUGGAGUUCACCCCCACUCUUCGGAUUCGGUCGCUACAUUGCGGAAGGUUUUCACACAUCAUGCACUUUUGACUAUAUCUCCACUGACAUGCGGAAUUUGUUGUUCAAUGCGGGAAUGUACAUCUUCGGAUUCAGUGUGCCGGUUUUCUUGAUUAUCUUCUGCUAUUGCCAAAUCGUCAGAACCGUAAGGCACAGUGAACAUCAAUUGAGAACGAUCGCGAACCAGCUAGAUGUGGAAGGUGGGAGCAAGUCGCUGAAGAUGACAAACAGGAAGAGUGAUAUCGAGGCGACAAAAACAGCGAUCCUGUUGGUUAUUUUCUUUUUGGCUGCAUGGACGCCAUACGCCGUCGUCUGCCUGAUGACCUUGAUCGGCUGGAUGGAGAACCUCACGCCCUUCGGAUCCGAAAUUCCAGUUCUUUUUGCGAAGACGUCGGCCGUGUACAACCCGUUUAUUUAUGCUAUUAGACACCCAAAAUUCCGGGGGGAAUUAAACAGGCGAUUUCCAUUCCUUCUCCUCUGCUGCCCUCUAAAAGUAAAGGUGAGUUUGCCUUCCAACUGUUAA